GUCCAGUUCUUUACUCCAAUCAUAUUAUUCCAGUCAGGUUUUUUUUGGUCGAUUUAUGUGUCACUUGCCGGAUUAUGUGAAUAUUUUGAAUUAGAUCCAAUUCUUUACUCCAAUCAUGUAUUUCAGUCAGCCAGGUUGCAUGAACAUCUUGAAUUAGGUUUAAUUCUUUAUUCGAUCCAGCUGGGUCUUUUUUGGUCAAUUUAUGUGUCACUUGUUAUUACAGCUGGGUUAUGUGAAUAUUUUGAAUUAGGUCCAAUACUUUACUCUAAUUAUGUAUUUCAGUCAG